UUCACGGAAAAGUCGUAACGUCAUUUCUCUGAAUUGUCACAGAAUGAGCAAAUCUCGAGCGAGGGAAUAAGUAAACACAGUGAACUAAACCGACGGUGUUUUGUUCGGAAAAGCUAACUGAAUCAUCUCAUGGCGAAAGGCACGACUCAAACCGUUUAUCUUUUUAACUGUGAUAGCACGUUCAAACUGGAUUCAGUGGAAAUGCUUUUACUCGCAAUGAACGGUAAAUACAAACUCAAUAUUGAAAAGCUUUAUUUUCGUCUGAAUCAAAUAGUAGAAAUUUGUGAAACCACUAUUCCUCGAUUACAAAUGGACAUGGCUGUUUUUGUGGUUCAUGCACAUGAAUCUCGACUGUCGAUCAACGAGGACGACGCCGGAAUCGGUUACGCGAAGAUCUACAGUGCUUUGUUAGACGCCACCGGGAACAAGGUGUUCAUAGUCAUUGGUGGCGAUGACAACUACAAAGAUGAAGAAGAAAAAGCCAAGUUUGUAUUCUCACGUUGGGCGCGUGGAAAAGUAGCUUCACAGUUCGAUGAGGAGUAUCUUGAUGGUAGGAAAAGCUUCAUUUUCUCAUGGAGCGAUAGCCACCGAGCGAUUCACGUGGAGGCACUGUUGCAUUUUCUGGAUACCAAUAAGAGCGGACAGAAGUUUGAAUAUCUACCGAAAUCAGAACCUGUCACUUUGCCUGCAGUGAUAGAUAAUGAGAGAAAGGAAUCAGAACCUGUCACUUCGUCUGCAGUGAUAGAUAAUGAGAGAAAGAGAGAAGAUUCUGUUGAAACGCCUGAUAAUGAUAAUGAAUCCGGAACAGAUGGCCAGAAAGGGACAAGUCAAGAUGAAGAACCUAAUGGGAAAGAAUCGGAUACAGCUACCCGUGACUACCCAGCUGGAAUGGUGCUCUUGGAAACUUGCAUGCGUUAUGGAAAGAUCUCUUACCUGCCUCUGGAUGUUGUGCAGCGGAAGAACGGUUGGCGGCCUUCUACCAAAAACGAAUCAGACCUCAUGCAACGCCAUAAGCAGACACCUGAGGCUACAGUGAGGUUUAGCAGUGAUGGAAAUGCAGCAAUUAACUGCGUCGUUAAGGACGUGGCGCCUUUUUGGCGCAGAUUUCGGAUUUCUCUUUGGUUCCCUCAACUUAGGUUUCCUCAACUUAGGUUUCCUCAACUUAGGUUUCCUCAACUGAGGCCGUUUCUGUAUGGUAUAUUUUUACUCUGUGGUUUCUGGGGGCUAAUUCGUUGUAUCAGAGUAUUGCGGCCACGGUUUUGGCCCCUAUUUUUUGGACUUAAUGUCCAAACACAAAGUAGCAAGUGACUUGAGCAUAAAAGUACAAUGUAUAGAUGCUCCAAGAAAUAUGUAAUUUCUUUGUUACUUGUUAGAAGAAUCUGACUUCUUCUAUGAAAAUAUAUACCAUUCUCAUUCUCA